AUGCAGGAUUCGACACCCAACGUCAGUGUGGCAUCACGACGACGUUCACGCAGGCUGGCAUCGCAGAAACCGGUGGAUUUCAGUGCAUGUUCAUCAACCGAUGUCAUGAGGGUUAUCGAUGAUAAACACGUACUUCGCGGAAUAAAGUUAGGUGGUGAAAGCAUGCAAAAAGAAGGGAUGAUGGUCGAAACUGUACUAGAAAAAGACUCAACUUCUCAAAGUUCGCCGGUUGCUUUACGGACGCGGUCGCGAUCUCGUUGUUCUAGUAUGGAGUUGAAUGAUGCAGUCAUUGUUGGAGAUCCUCAGAAAGCAGUCAAUAUUGUAUUAACUUCAAAUAAAAUGACUACACCAAAAUCAUGCCGAAAAAGAACUUCGCUGAUGCCUCAAUUAGAAGAAAUCGUUGAAGAGCAACAAAAAUGCAAGGAUGAAGAUAAUAAUGAAAGCAGGCUAGUAGAAAAAAAGAUGGUAGCAAAAAAAAUGUCGGAAAAGAAAGGAAAGCUAUCAGAAAAUGAAAGAGCGCAUGUGGAAGUGUGCGCUGAAAAAAGCUUUGCAGAGAAAUGUAAUGAAAAGAGUGCUUCUACGGAAGAUAUAACUGUUGUAAAGGAGUCAACAAAACCAGAACGAAGAAUUACAGAGAAGUCAUGGAGUAAACCAGAGAGAAGCCCAAAAAAAUCAUCUGCAAAAGCUUCGGAGAGGUCAUUCGCAAGGAAUCCAAAAAAAUUGCGUAUGAAGAAUUCAGAUCAUUUUCUGCAAGAUGAUAUAAAUAUUUUUCCUGCGAAAAAUUCAGACAGUUCAUUGGCAAACAUUUUAGGAAAAUCGUCGACAAUAAUUUUGGAGAAAUUCCCGGAGAAGAAUCAAGAAAUGCCGAUGAACUUAUCAUCUAGCACUGAUUAUUUAGAACAAGAAGCAGAACUCAUCAAUGUAACAAAUUUAGAAGAGAACAAUUUGAAAAUGUGGCCAAAGUUGGAUGAUCUACUAUCACUAUGGUUGAGACGUGGUGAAGAGAGCAUACUUGUGAGUAGUAUUGAAAGAGCAUAUGCAUUUGUGAAUAAAGUAGACACGGGAGUGCCGACGAUAUCGGAGGAACUGAUCACGAGUAAUAGUGAGACUAUUUGGCAACAAAUUGCCUAUGGAAACAAAAAAUUUCAUCGAUAUUUUGCAAAAACAAAGUAUUUCCUGGACAUUGAAAUGCCUGCAGAUAAGAAAUUUACAGAGAAACCAUAUGAUUCACAUUCUUCAAUUGCUACAUCUAAAUUUCGAGACGAAAGUUCUGAUAACACUGAAUGGGAUAGCAACAACUUUAAGUUUAUGAAGGAUGAAGUUAAGAGACUUGAUAAGGACGUCAAUGAUAAUAAAAUGGAUAGAAAUGAUGACAAGUAUAGCAAUGCGUUGGAUAACGAAAGUAUUGGCUUUUCCAGAGUUUCUGACAGCGUGUUCAAAAAGCGUUGGAAGAGUGCAGUUGAUGACCAUUUUUUCUCAUUAGCAGAGAUGGAGGAUUAUUUGGAUAAACAAGAAAAAAAUCCGACACAUCUAAAUGAAAAUUUUUUCGAACAGUUCGAUAAGGAUGGUGAUCAUUUGCAGAAUUCUCAAAAUGAUUAUCAUUACGCUGAUUUUUAUGAAAGCACAAUGAGUACUGGAGAAGAAAGUAGUUCAAAAGCUGCUUGGAAUAAGUUGAGCAAAUCGAAAAAGGUUACGCAAUCUGGCGAAGAGGACAAUCGUACGGAGAAAAGAGUUACAUUUGCUGAUGAGAUUGGUGAUUUGGACUGCGAGAGUGACCGAGACGACAACCAUGUGGAUGACAAAGAAGCAAUGGUCCUUCUUGGUCAGGUGAAUGAGGAAGAGGAUAAUGAAACUGAAUUUCAACAUCGACAGAAGAAACUCCAAAGACGAAUCUUUUCAAUAGAACAAGCAAAUUUAGCUCCAAGAAGUUGGGAUUUGAGUGGUGAAGUGACAGCUAUCGAAAGAGGGGAAAACACGAUGUUGGAGAAACACUUCGAUUUUGAUCAGUCGGCACCAUGCGUACCAGUUAUUACGGUCGAUACAACUGCUCAGCUAGAAGCGAAGAUAAUCCAACGAAUCAAGGAUAGAGCAUUUGACGAUGUGAUGAGAACAGAACGUAGACCGGAAGCAAAUGUGGCAUGCCGAGCAUCAGUUAUAGAAUCGGAAGUUGUAAAAAAAUCUCUUGCGGAAGUUUACGAAGAGCAGUAUCAAAAAACUCAAUAUGGAGUGGGAAAUGAAGAGAAGACAAAUGAGAAACACGAAGAAAUCAAAAAAUUGCUGUCGUCACUGUUCCAGAAAUUAAAUGCUCUGAGCCAUUACCGUUACAUUCCGUCUGAAGUCCACUCGGAAGUACGUGUUCUAAGUAACAUGCCUUCACUUCAAAAAGAGGAAGUGGGACCUCUAGCAUCCACCGACGCUGUGCUUUUAGCUCCGGAGGAAAUACACAAACAUGUUAGUGGUUCGAUUAAGGGAGAUGAUGAGAAAACAAAAACAGAUCGGUCUCGCGCUCGCCGCAAAAAAAAGAAGUGGCAACACAUCAGACAGUUUAAAGAACAAGAAGCGGAAUUUACAACGAAGAAAAAUGAAAAAAAUGAAGUAUCUACUAAGAAAUCUAAAUUAAUGUCUCAAUACGAUAGCAAAAGGGAUAAUAUGAAGUUGACGUCUACUUCGUUUUUCCAACGCCUUCAAACCAAAACCAAAGAGGAGAUGAAAAGUAAUAAAUACAAGACCCCAAAAAUGGAUGCAACAAAGAAAAAAUUAAGUACAGAUUACAAACUCUGA